AAGGACAAGAUUAUGAUUGGGUUUACAUGUAAAGUGUGUGAUGAACGGUCACAGCAUGUCAUGUCAAAACUGUCUUACACAAAGGGUGUUGUUCUUAUCCAAUGUCCAAAGUGCGAGAAUCGCCACCUGAUUGCUGAUAACCUUGGUUGGUUCAGAGAUACGAAGGUUAAUGUUGAGGAUCUUAUGAAAGAAAAUGGUGAAGAAGUUAGUAGAGUGGUU